ACUUUUCCUUUUGCCUUUUCCAGCUCAAGCGGUCCAUUCACUAUGGCUGGCGGUAUUGCGAUGCUCCCGAGCGGCGGUGCCCACGAUGCACCGACCGAAGGUUCGCGCACGUACGCGAUCGUCGUCUGCGUCUUUGCGUCGCUCGGCGGUAUCUUCUUUGGCUAUGACCAAGGCGUCACCGGCGGUGUCCUCGUCAUGGAUUCGUUUCUGAACGAUUUCUGCGUCGACUACGACGGCAACUCGUACACGAACUGCACGGCCGCCUCGGCCGACCUCCCGGACAACUGGUCGACCUUUACGACCUUGUACAACGUGCUCUAUUACAUGGGCUGCAUCGUCGGUGCUUGUCUCGGCGGCUACAUUGCCGACAAGUACGGCCGCCGCGCGACCAUCUUCUCGGCGGGUGUCCUCUUCUGCGUCGGCACGCUCAUGCUCGUCCUCACCAACUCGGGCAACCAUACGCUCUCUUUGAUUGCGCGCAUCAUCCAAGGCUUUGGCGUCGGCAACUCGUCGUUCUCGCUGCCGAUCUUCGGUGCCGAGAUGGCCCCCAAGGAGCUUCGCGGUAUGCUCUCGGGCUUCAUGCAGAUGUCGAUCGUCACCGGCCUUCUCCUCGCCGGUAUCAUCAACUACAUCGUCCAGGACUAUACGCACGGUUGGCGCGUGACGAAUGCCAUCGCAAUGGCCUUCCCCGUGAUCGUCAUGGCCGGUAUCUUUUGCGUGCCCGAGUCGCCGCGCUGGCUGUACAAGGCCAAGGGCCGUGAGGUCGCCGAGACCGAGCUCAAGCGUCUCCGUCGUACCGAGAACGUCGGUGCUGAGCUCCAGGCUAUCGGUGACGCCCUUGAAGAAGAGGGCCAUGACUCGGCCACAUGGGCUGACCUCUGGCACCCGUCCAUCCGCCCGCGCCUUUUCAUUGCGUGCUUGCUCCAGCUCCUCCAGCAAGCCACCGGUAUCAACCCGAUCUUCACGUACGGCGGUCAGAUCUUCAAGGACGUCGUCGGUGACGGUAUCGUGUCGCUUCUCAUCUUCCAGAUUGUCAACUUCCUCUCGACGAUUCCUGCCAUGUACUGGGUCGACAAGAUCGGUCGCCGCAAGUUGCUUCUUGUCGGUGCUGCUGGUAUGGUCAUCGGGCACUUGGUCUCGGCCAUCUCAUUUUCGGCCGGCUGCAACGGUGACACCAGCAAGUCGGACUGCUCGACGGGUGCGGGCUGGACGAUGAUUGUGUUCACGGCCUUCUUCAUCUUCAACUUUGCGAUUUCAUGGGGUCCCGUGUGCUGGAUCUACCCGGCCGAGAUCUUCCCGAUGAACAUUCGUGCCAAGGCCGUCUCGGCGUCGACGAUGACCAACUGGGCCAUGGGCGCCAUCAUGAUCGGCGUGCCGAAGCUCUUCCCGUACCUCAACAUCAACGGCGUCUUCUUCCUCUUUGCCGGACUCUGCACGCUUGCCGGUGUCUAUGUCUGGUUCAAGUGCCCCGAAACCAAGGGUCUACUUCUCGAAGACAUUGAGCUCCUCUUUUUGAAGAGCCCGCUGGCCAAGGCGCCCAUCGAGACGCCCAAGUUUGACGAAGCCUAAGCGCAGCCAACCUCCCCAUUUGUUUGUCUAACGUUAGUCGUAGUUUGCAAUAAAACUAUAUCAC